AUGGCUAUUGUCCAGUGCUCGGUCUCGGUCCAUAUCUUUAUUUGCCCUGCCGGGCUCGAAGAGAAAGAAUUUACGAGGAGGCGUUCAUUCACGGCGUUCCGUGGUAAGAAGAACAGUCCUGUAAUUCGCACGCCAAACGGGAUGUUACAGUCUUCUAUGAGCCACCCAAUGGCCAAGAUUUGA